GUGGAUUCAGACGAACGGUCGUGUCUAGAGCUGAGGAAUGACGGCGGGACCCACGGACGACGCCCGGAGACCGAAGCCAGGACCCUCCAGGAUCAUUUAGAUGGAAGGUCCUAACUGUAGGCUGCUUAACGGCUCCGGAUAAACCAAGAAAAAUACCAACUCCAAAGGAAUUUCGUGAGAGUCAGAAACGCUGAUUUGUGAUUAUUUACAUCUUUCUGCAGUCGUUUGGGUUUCAACAGAAAAUGAGAAUCAGAAGAUUAUAAAUGCACCUGCAUCCUUCCAUAUCCUGUUUCAGCCCAACAAAUGGCAUCUCAAGAGAGUCACCUGACCGCCACCCUCCUGACCUCCAUCCUGGCGGCGGUGCUGGGCUCCCUGCAGAUCGGAUACCACACCGGCAACGUCAACGCUCCGGCCAAGAUCAUAGAGCAGUUUUUCAACUCCACCUGGAGAGCCAGACACAACCAGUCGAUCCCGGACCACAGCCUGACUCUGCUGUGGUCGCUCUCCGUCAGCAUCAAGGACUUUGGAGCUCUGCUGGGGUCACUGGGGGUCAAAUACCUGGCAGACUCUUAUGGCAGGCGCAACUCCAUCCUCAUCGUCAACUGCCUGUCCGUGGUCGGGGCCUGCAUCAUGUUCGCCUCCAAGGCCAGCGAGUCGUUUGAGGUUCUGAUCCUGGGCCGGUUGGUGUUCGGCCUGUUCUGCGGGUUGGUGAUGAGCCUGAACCCCCUCUACAUCCAGGAGGUGUCCCCCACCAACCUCAGGGGGGCCUUUGCCACGCUCAACCAGGUGUCGUUUGCCUCGGGCAUCCUGGUGGGAAUGGUGGCUGGUCUGGAGACGGUGCUGGGCACGGAGCACGACUGGGCCAUGAUGUUGUCCCUGUCCCUCGUCCCGGCCCUCCUGCAGUACCUGGUCCUGCCCUUCUGUCCAGAGAGCCCUCGCUACCUGCUGCUGAACCGGUGCGAGGAAACCAGAGCUGAGGCUGCUCUGCUGAGGCUGAGAGGCCGGACGGACAAGGUGUUCGCCGAGCUGGAGGAGAUGAAGGAGGAGGCGGGACACACUCAGAGCGGCGUCACCGUCCGCGAUUUCUUCCGAAGACGCAGCUACCGGCAGCCCAUCAUCAUCGUCCUGAUCGUGAACCUGGGCAGCCAGCUCUCUGGGUUCAACGCGGUGAUAAAUUACUCCACGAAAAUGUUCCAGGCCAAGUUUGACGAGGCCAAAUAUCUGACUCUGGGCGUGGGGGCCGUGAACGUGACCUUCACCCUGGUGGCCUUCUUCCUGAUGGAGAAGGCCGGCAGGCGGAGGCUGCUGCUGACCGGCUUCAUCUCCAUCGCUGUGUGCAACUUACUCAUGACCAUAGUGGACUCUGUCCUGCACCUGGUCCCGGCCCUGCGGUCCAUGCAGGUCCUGCUGGUCUUCUGCCUGAUCUCGGCCUACGAGCUGGGCCCCGGGCCCAUCUCCUGGUUCAUCGCGGCGGAGCUGUUUGACCAGCCGGGCCGCCCCAUCGCCAUGGCCUUCACCAGCAUGCUCAACUGGGGGGGCAAGUUCGUGCUGGCGCUGCUCUUCCCUCCGCUGCUGAAAGUCUGCGGUGCCUACGUCUACCUCCUCUUCAUGCUGGUGGCCCUGCUGGCCUUCGUCCUCACCUGGAUCCGCCUCCCGGAGACCAAGGGCCGCACGUUCGACGACAUCGCCGAGGAGUUCAGGGGGGCGGAGGGCAUCCCUCUGCACGGGAGCGCCGGGUUCAGCACCUUCACCUGAGAUGCCUUGGGUCCAGGCUGGGUCCGAGCCUCGUCCGGGCCUUGCCUGGGCCUCGUCUUGGUCGAGUCUGGGCCUCGUCCGAGCCUCGUUCGGGCCGAGUCAUGACAGUCAGCGGUUUCUAAAUGGAAAAACAUCAGUCACCGUAGUCUGACAACAACAUUUAUUGUUUUAAAUCAACGUGGGCGGAGCCAAGGACCUCCGUCACUGAGCAUCAUCAGCUGGAAAAACCCAGAGGGAGCACCGACUUUGGAUGAUUGCUGUUUUAGUGAUAUGUUUUUGGUUUCUAUGAUACCCAGUUGUCUUUUUUUUAACACCCAGAUUCUCACUUAACCAAUAAUCUGUGACUGGGGUUCCAGGUCUCCCAGGACAAAGGGGUCCAAGGGUCUUUAUAACAGCAAGUAUGAAACAUCUGGAGCAGAAGGAAACUCCAAAAUAAAUGCAUUAGAUUGAAUCUUUGAUUUUCUUACCUGCUAGUUUGACUGGAUUCACCCGGAAACAAUCGUCAGCGUCACCUCUGCUAACGUUUGCUCUGCUCUGUUUUUUUUGUUUAUUUAUUUAGCACAUAUUAAAAAGUCAGUAAUACAAUUACCAUAAAAAAAGAAAAACAAUAGACAGCAUAUAUGCAAGGAGGUCUAAAAAACCCUCUGGGGGCUUGACAAGAGGACUUCCUUAAAUGAGCAUAAAAAUGGACAUUAUCAUGGACAUAAAUGCAUAUCAUACGCAGCACACA